UAACUGAAGAGAUGGAUAGAGAAACUGACUUCACUUUCAUGAAGUCAUGAGUUUUAUGAUUCUAUCAUUCCUCCCUCCUCUUACUUCCACAAACACCAACAAUCUUCUUCCAACACUGAAGAAAACUCACCCUCAUAAUCCAAAACUUGGUGGACAAAGCAGAGUCCUACCUAAUCUUCUGUCUUUGGCCCUUGCAGCUUCAACAUUAAUCUCUCCCUUCCAUUAUUCACUUGCAAUUCCUUCCCUCAAUUCUCAAUCAUUCCCUCCACCAAUCUCUCCCACAACUCCUUUCUCUCAAUCCAAGAACUUACAGCUUGGACUGGAAAAUGGAAAAAUUAGACCAUGUCCAUCAUUCAAUCCAGGAUGUAUAUCAACAAAUGCUAAGUCUUCAUCAUUUGCACUCCCUUGGACAAUUCCAGAAAAUUCCUCAGACAAUGCUAUUGAGAAAUUGCGGGAAGCAAUACUAAAGACCCAGAAAAAUGUGAAAUUUCAGGCUGUGGAAGAUACCCCUGAUGGGCAAUAUUUGCAAGCAGAAGUUGAUGGAGGGUUUGAUAGAGAUGUACUUGAAUUUCUAGUGAAAGGUGAUGUGGUUUUAUACAGAUGUAUGGCAACAAAAGUAACUUAUGUAUACCCUUUCACAACAGCAUUUGGAGAUUCUAAGGGUCAAGAAUUAAGACUCAAGCAAAUUGGAGACCAAUUGGGAUGGUAUGCUCCAACUUUUGAUUCCAUGCAAGAACAAGAAUAAUUAUUUGUAUCAAACUAGCAAAGUUCAUUCAUUAUUGAUUCAAUGUCAUCAACACAAUUCUCAUAUAUCAAAUAUAUAAAUAACA